AUGCCAGUUUUAUUGACCAACAUAAAACUGGCAUUUUUACCACCAAACACAACAUCAGUGAUUCAACCUAUUGAUCAAGGGAUAAUUAAAACUCUCAAAAGUCAGUAUCGGAAGAUUUUAGUACAGAAAAUGAUGAACGACAUUGAAAAAGCGGCAGGCUCAUUUUCCGUUAAUCUUUUAAAUGCUAUUGAGAUGAUAACUACGGCAUGGGCUCGAGUGACUCCGGAAACGAUCAAAAAGUGUUUUCUACACACUGGGUUCUGUAAAUCUUCGGUUAUCACAACAAUUGACGACGAUUCUGACGAUGAGUUGGACAUACCAUUGGCACAGCUGACAACAUCGUCAAGCGGAACAAAUGUUCCGGAUUGGGAAACAUAUGUCAAUAUUGACAGUCAGCUUAUCACCACUAGCAAUUUGACUGAUAAUGAAAUUGUUGAAACUGUUGCUUCAUCACCUACGACGCAAGAUGAGGAAAAUGAGGAGGAAGAAGAAAAUGACAAGGAAGUAAAAAAAUAUGAAGAAGAAGCCUAG